UUUUGAACUUUGAUCGAUUAGUUAAGGAGAUUUACCGCAGCUUGAUCACCUUAAUGUAUGCAUUGUUCGUCCUCUUCGUCAUUAUAUUAUUUCCUCUUAAAAGCAUUUACAAAAAUGACUUCUAGCUUUAAUCAAUUUGAUUUUCCUCACAUUUUAGUAAGGAUCUGGAAUUAUAUUACGACAUGUGCACAUAAUUUCUUUUGUGCUAUCAUCAAGAAGAAAAGAAAGAGAGUCGUCGCUUGUAUAAGCUUCGUGUCUGGAAAUGGAAACCUGGUCGCAAAAAUCUGCUAAUUAAUAGUUCCCUCCCUCCCAAGUUUCGGCUUCAUCAAUAGUUGACAAACAAACACUUCCAAUCUAAAACCAUAAUCGGAAUCUUGCAGUUUUCAAAAAAUCCUUCGCGGUGUCCCAUUGAUUUUUAUCUGCCUUAUAAUUGUCUUCACAUCUUUAAUUACGAGUAUAUAUAUAUAUAGUAAUCUAUGUAUCAAGCAAGCAAGUCGAGUCAAUCUCCCCGGAGAAGUCCACUGCUACCUCAACUAGUCAACUAUUCAUUUGCAACCCUCCUCGAAUACCAACUGCCAACUACAGCUCCCGUUAACUGUCAUUGCCUUUAAAUACUGCGAAGUCGCUUAGCACCUAAACCAUAAACCCAAGAAAGAAGUCUGCAGGACUUGCUAGCUCCUUUCUUCCCCCUCAUCCCUUCUCCUUGUUUUGCCUUUUCAUCAUUUGAAGAACUGAUCGAAAUGGCGAUUAUGGAAAUUCCCAGAAGGGAGACAGCAGCACUGCCUGCCACUCCACGAAGAGCAAUGGCAAGAAUCUUCUCCCCGUCCAAUUCUACCUCACCCAUCUCUUCAUUUUCCAGUCAUUUCACUUCUCCCAAGUCUUCAAACACAACCUCUGAGCCAAUGAUGGAUGAAAACAUUGAAAAGGCUGAGGCCAUGAUCACAAAAUGGGACGUCAAAGGCUCCACCUUCGCUAAAUUCACCUCGCUCUUCCAAGAGAACAGAAAAGAAGCCAAGGACUUUGUCAACUGUGUCAAGGACUUGCGCAGAGCCAUGCAUUUCCUCGUUUCGGAACGAGCUAGUGCUGGCAAGCUCGUGCGAGCACAAAACCUGAUGCAAAUGUCUAUGCAGCGCCUCGAGAAAGAGUUCUACCAAAUUUUGUCAGCUAAUAGGGAGUAUUUGGAUCCAGAAUCGGUUUCUAGCCGAUCCUCAACAAUAUCACGGUCACUGUCCGCUACUUCAGAUGAUGAAGAUGACUACAGCUCCGACCAUGAGAUUCAGAGAGUUGGCGAUAAGAUUUCUGAAGUCGAACGGCUUUCAGUGCUAGCCAUGUCUGACCUCAGGCUGAUUGCCGAUUGCAUGAUCAGCACAGGUUAUGGGAAAGAGUGUCUGACAAUAUAUAAAAUCAUCAGAAGGUCAAUUGUUGAUGAAGGACUCUACCGUCUUGGGAUUGAACGAUACAGUUCAUCCCAGAUCAACAAAAUGAAUCCCAGUGCUCUGGAGCAUCAGACAAAAUCUUGGCUGAAUGGAAUCAAAAUUGCAGUGAAAACCCUUUUACAUGGAGAAAGAUUUCUGUGCGAUCAUGUCUUCUCUUCCUCUGAAGCAAUCAGAGAAUCAUGUUUCGCUGAUAUAGCUAAAGAGGGAGCAACCAAUCUGUUCAGAUUUCCAGAGCUUGUUGCAAAAAGUAAAAGAUGGCCGGAAAAAGUUUUCCUGCUAAUGGACUUGUAUGAAGCAAUCUCGGACCUGUGGCCGGAGACUGAAUCAAUCUUCUCAUUUGAAUCAAUCUCCUCUGUCAAAUCUCAAGCUUGCUCCUCUCUCCAUAAGCUCAGUGACUCAGUCAGGACACUUCUCACUGAUUUUGAGUCAUCAAUUCAAAAGAAUUCAUCUAAAGUUCCUGUUCCUGGUGGAGCAAUACAUCCAUUGACCAUUUCAGUGCUGAAUUAUGUCUCUUCACUUGCCAACUAUAGCGGAGUUCUCUCUGAUAUCAUUGCUGGUUCUGCAUCCCCAACACAGUUGCCACUUCCAGAGUCCUACUUUGAGAGUCCAACGGUCAAUGAGAUGCCAACUUCAGCUGUCUCUGUUCGACUUGCGUGGAUCAUCCUUGUCCUCCUUUGUAAACUUGAUAGUAAAGCUAAUUUCUAUAAUGACACUGCACUGUCCUAUCUCUUCUUAGCUAACAAUCUCCAGUUUGUUGGCAAAAAAGUCUGUGCCACAUCCCUCAAGUGCCUUCUAGGGGAUGACUGGACGGUGAAGCUUGACAGAAAGGUGAAAUUAUAUGCAGCAAAUUACGAACUGAUGGCUUGGAAUAAAGUGUUUUCAUGCCUACCGGAAAAAUCACAAGAAGAUAUGUCGCCUGAUACUGUAAAGACGUAUUUCAGGCAAUUCAAAGCAGCCUUUGAUGAGGCAUACCGGAAACAAAAGUCUUGGGUGGUUCCAGAUGGGAAGUUUCGAGAUGAUAUCAAACUAUCAAUAAAGAGCAAACUGGUACCCGUGUAUAGGGAAUUCUACAACACACAUAUUGAAGUACUCAAGGGGGACAGGACCUUGAAAUUGGUGAGGUUCUCCCCAGAUAAUUUAGGAAAUUAUCUAUCAGAUAUACUCCAAGGAACUGCUGUACUAGAGAGUUCAUCAUCAUCAUUGUCAACCUCUCGAGCAUCAAGAUGGCUCCCAUAAUCCUUGUUGACAGAGAUUAAAGCUGUAUUUUUUUUUGUCCUAUGUUGUUGCACUUCAUGUUGAAGAAGUUAGCUUUUCUAAGUAAGACUGAAUUGUUUACACACUAAUGAAAGCAUCUUUUGCAAUCA